UCAUCGGUGCGCUUGUAGCUGUGCUGUUGGCGACCAAUCAGAGCGCUCCUAAUGGAAAGAGGGUGGGUUUUCGUUCUCCUGUAGCGGGACUCCCCUGGGCUACGCUGAAGCUGCUUGUCUGUGCAUGGGUGGGAACCUGCCAGGUUCAAUUCGUUGCAGAUAUUUUUGCCACCUCUGCCUUUUUUUUUGUUUUUCCCUUUAUUUCUUUGGUCGGAGGCGGUGUCGACGUUGAGAAGCCAUGGUGAUCAAGGUCUUUAUUGCAAGCCAGUCCGGUUCUACCGCGAUCAAGAAGAAACAACAGGAUGUGCUGGGUUUCCUAGAAGCCAACAAAAUUGAUUUUAAAGAACUGGAUAUAGCAGCAAAUGAAGACAACAGAAAAUGGAUGCGGGAAAAUGUUCCAGGAGAAAAACGUCCGCAAAAUGGCAUUCCCCUCCCUCCACAAAUUUUCAACGAUGAACUGUAUUGUGGGGACUUUGAAGCUUUCUUCAAUGCCAAGGAAGACAAUGGAGUUUAUGCAUUUCUUGGUCUGGAUCCUCCUCCUGGUUCAAAGGAAGCACAUCAAGCUGCAAUCAUCCAGAAUGGUGAAGUUCCAGAAAAUGAUAAAGCAGAUGGCAAUGAGCAGCAUUUGCUUACAGCUGCAGAAGAUCAGCCUGAAGAAAAUACUGAAAUGUUGCAUAAUCAUUUUGAGCAAUCACCAGAUAUAAAUGAAAACAUUGGUGAGAAUGAAGCUGACAAACAUGAGGAAUCUGUUCAUCAAACAAUUGAAUCAGAAGAGACAGCAACGGAAGAGAAAGAGCCAGAAACAGAGGUUGGACCAGAUGAAGAAGAGCAACCUGUUACGGAGGAGGAGGAUGAAGAACAACCAGUGACUGAGGAAGAGGAUGAAGUGGAUGAAUCUUAAAAAAUGUUAAUGCUUCUAUAUGAUUUCAUCUGUAAGGGGUUAAGGAAGCUGAAGCUCUUGCGAAGAAAUCAUAAGUGGAAGAAUUUGAACAUUGCACCACCUGUGGUAACCUCAA